CAAACGGCUACAUUUUUCACAAUCGGUAACCUACUCCUGUUGAUAAGACGAUUUUUAAAGAAAUAAGUUUGAAAAUCACAAAAAUAAUAAUAAUAUGAAUGAAAUAAUUUUUAAAAUAAAUGGAGAGAUUCAUAAAGUUGAUGGUAAAUUUGGCCCUAAUGUGACUCUUAAUGAAUACAUAAGAAAUGUAGCAAACCUGAAAGGGACUAAGUAUAUGUGUAAUGAAGGCGGCUGCGGCGUCUGUGUCGUUUCCGUCCAAGCGGCGUUACCUCCCACACAAGAAAACAAAACGUUUGCUGUCAAUUCUUGUUUGGUGUCAAUUCUAUCCUGUCAUGGAUGGGAAAUAACCACCAUAGAAGGUAUCGGAAAUAAACACAUUGGAUAUCAUGAAAUUCAAAAGCGAUUAACAAAAUUCAGCGGUACUCAAUGUGGAUAUUGCUCACCAGGAAUGGUCAUGAACAUGUACAGUAUUUAUAAAGAUAAAAAUGGAAAAUUAACAUCUUCUGAAAUAGAAAAUUCCUUUGGAGGCAACAUUUGUCGAUGUACAGGAUACCGUUCGAUAGCUGAUGCUUUUAAAUCUUUUGCAACCGAUGCUAACCAUGAAUAUUUAAAACAAGUUGAAGAUAUUGAAGAUUUAGGAGCAGCUAAAUGCCCGAAAAAUUGUAUUCAUAAGAAAUGCAAAGUUAUAGAGAGAACAAACAAAAAUGAAAUUUAUGAUAAAUCUGGUGAUACAAAAGAAAAGGAGCCGUGUAAAUUUGAAGAAAUAAAGACACAAACAGACAUGCUUGUUAUAGACUGUGGAGCAUAUACAUGGUAUAAGGUUUUUACCUUAAACGAUGUAUUCAAAAUUAUGCGGAUGGUCAAUGAAUAUAAGUUAAUUGCGGGAAAUACUGGUCAAGGAGUUUUUAAAAUUACUGAUUAUCAAUCGAACAUUAUAGACAUAUUUAGCGUGUCUGAGCUAAAAGAUUGUAUUAUUGAUGUUAACCUGAUACUGGGUUCCGGUAUAACAUUAACAAAAAUGAUGGAAAUAAUUCAUACAUUAUCAGUUGACAACGAAGAUUUUUCUUAUUUAAAAGAACUCCAUGGACACAUGGAUUUAAUAGCUCAUAUACCAGUUCGCAACAUCGGUACCAUUGGUGGGAAUUUAAUGCUUAAACAUUAUGACAACAGUUUUCCUUCAGAUUUAUUUUUAUUAUUUGAAAUGGUUGGUGGGAUGAUAACAAUAGCUGAAAGUAAAGAAAAAACACAGGUGAUAUCUUAUCAGGAAUUUUUGACAACCGACAUGAAUAAGAAGAUUAUUUUAAAUGUAAUAAUUCCUCCUCUUUCUAAGUGGUGCUCUGUAAAAACAUUCAAGAUAAUGCCACGAGCACAAAAUGCGCAUGCUAUAGUAAAUGCUGGAUUUCUAUUUAAAUCAUAUCCGAACUCAAGACUAUUAGAAAGUGCCACUAUAGUGUAUGGAGGAAUAUCAAACACUUUUAUACACGCGGAAAUUACUGAAGGUAUUUUAGCUGGCAAAGAUCUAUUUACUAACGAAACAUUGCAAUUGGCUUUAGGAACUUUGCUGGGUGAAAUAAAACCUGAACAUAAUUCCCCAGACCCAUCGGUAGACUUUAGGAAAAUGUUGGCUGUAUCUCUAUUCUAUAAGGCAAUAUUGUACUUGUGCCCAGGUGAUGUGAUAAAUCCUAUAUACAGAUCCGGAGGAGAAAUAUUGAAAAGAAGUAUUUCAAAUGGAACUCAAAGUUUUGAAACAGAUAGAAACCUUUGGCCCCUUAACCAACCAGUGAAUAAAAUAGAAGCAAUAGCCCAAUGUAGCGGAGAAGCUAUUUAUUCCAAUGAUAUAACCACAGAAUCUGAUGAAAUUUUCGCCGCAUUUGUUACAGCAGACGCGAACGUUGGAAGUAUUGUUAGUGGUUUCGAUGUCACUGAAGCUUUUAAACUUGCAGGAGUACUAAGUAUUUAUACCGCCAAAGAUAUUCCAGGAGAUAACACAUUUACUCCAUCUAAUAUUCCACUAAUGAACGCAAAAGAAGAAAUUCUUUGCUCAGGAAAAGUCAUGUUCUACGGUCAACCAGCAGCUAUUAUAGUUGCUAGUCGAGAAAAGACUGCUAUCAAAGCAGCGAACUUGGUUAAAAUAAUGUACUCGCACGUAAGUACUCAGAAACCCUUACUCACAACAGAUGAAGUUCUUGAUUCUGUUGAAGUGAAAGAAAGAACAAUGAAUAAUAUAUCAAUAGCACCGACAGACGUCGGUAAUGACGUAAAACAUGUACUUAAAGGAGAAUUCAAGUUGAAAAGUCAGUGUCACUUUUAUAUGGAACCUCAAACUUGCGUAGUGAAACCAGUUGAAGAUUCUCUGGAAGUAUAUUCUUCUACUCAAUGGCUAGAUUUAACUAGCACGGCUAUAGCACAAUGUCUCAAAAUACCUCUUAAUAAAGUAAAUGUUAAAGUGCGUCGGGUUGGUGGUGGUUACGGAGGAAAAAUAUCCCGAUCGGCCCAAAUAGCUUGCGCGACAGCUUUAGUAUCAUUCUUACAGGGAAAAACUUGCAGAUUUAUCCUACCUUUAUUGACAAAUAUGAAAUCUCUUGGUAAACGUCUUCCUGUGCAAAACAAGUUUGAAGUGGGAGUCAAUGAUGAUGGUAAAAUACAAUAUCUUAAGAAAGAAUUUUACCACGACUGUGGACAUUCAUUUAAUGAAAACAUUUCUGGUACUACUGUAAUGCAUAUUACAAGCUCCUAUGAUACGAGGAGGUGGCAAAUUGACGCCAAUAGUGUAAUCACCGAUAAUGCAUCUAACACUUAUUGCAGGUCUCCAUCAUCUACUGAAGCAAUUGCAAUGGUAGAAAAUAUCAUGGAAUUCAUUGCAUACUCUAUUGGAAAAGAUCCAAUAGAAGUCCGUCUUCAAAAUAUGUUACUAGAUAAGAAUCCCCUGCCAGAAAUGAUAAUUCAACUAAAAAGUGAUUCUGAAUACGAUUCUCGCCUUAAUAAUAUAAAAAUUUACAAUGAACAAAAUCAUUGGAGGAAAAAAUCUCUAAGAAUAAUGCCUAUGACAUUCGAAAUAUUUUAUUUCGGAAACUUUAAUUCCGUGAUAUCUAUUUACCACGCUGACGGGUCAGUGGUCAUUCACCAUGGUGGUAUAGAAAUGGGCCAGGGAUUAAAUACGAAAGUGGCACAAGUGUGUGCUUAUGUUUUGGGAGCUCCUUUAGCAAAAAUAGAAGUACAACCUAGCACCAGUUUCAUUUCUCCAAAUGCUAUGGUCACCGGAGCGAGUAUAGGAAGUGAAUGUGUUGCAUUUGCUACUAUAAAAGCAUGUGAAAUAAUUCUCGAAAGAUUAACGCCGAUUAAAGAAACUGAGACCUUAUCCUGGGAGGAACUUAUUUCCACAGCCUAUGCAAAAGGAAUAGAUCUACAAGCAUCUUAUAUGUAUUCAGGAAAGGAUGAUUUGCAACCUUACAACGUGUAUGCUGUAUGUGCUUUGGAAGUAGAAAUUGAUUUGUUGACGGGAAAUCAUGAUGUAAAAAGAGUCGAUUUACUGGAGGAUACAGGAAGGAGUUUGAGUCCUAUUAUUGAUAUUACACAGAUAGAAGGUGCUUUUGCUAUGGGCCUAGGAUAUUGGACAUCGGAAAACCUUGUUUACGAUGAACUUACGGGUAAAUUGCUAACGGACACAACUUGGACAUAUAAACCUCCGGGAUUUAAAGAUAUACCUGCCGACCUGAGGAUAUACUUUCGAAGAAAUGCAGGAAAUGAGUUUGGUGUCCUUCAAUCCAAAGCAACCGGCGAACCAGCGUUUUGUUUGGCCACAAUUUUAAUUCAUGCAAUCCGUGAAGCAUUGCAGUCGAGUAGGCACGACUCCGGGUAUCCUGACGAAUGGCUACACAUUGAUCCACCUUGUACUGUGGAAAAAAUUUUCAUGGCAUUGGAACAUAAAAUAGAGCAUUUUGUCCUUAAAUAAUAAUUUUUAUUUAUCAGAAACGCUGAAUAUAGAUAUAUGUAAUUUUGAAUAGAGAAAUAUGAUGCAAUUACUUACUUCUCUAUUAAAUAGACAUAAAAACUUUGUCAGAGCAUUAUUUUUAAGUAUGAAAUGGUAUUUAUGAUUAAAUAUUUAGUUAUUUGAUAUAUCAAAGAUUGUGAGUCUAUUGUGUUCUUAUUAUACAACGCCAGAGCACGAAGUUAUGUAUUCAUUACUAUUAAACUCGCAAGAACGUACUAUAUACAUAUGUAUAUGUUUAUUAUUAUUAUUAGAAAACACAGAUUCUUAUAUUUUCUACACUACAUAUUACACUACUACACUACACGGGAAAGUAAUAUAUGGAUUGUUCUCUUGUUGUUUUCAUAAUCAGUAAUAUUAUAAGGUCGAUUUAGAUCGAUACCUUUGUUUAUCGAACGGCUCAUGAGAUAUUUAUCAGUGUCUUGAGGUCUCCACUGCCUUCUACUGCCCGCUCCAUUCACAGAGCACCUAACGUGGCGGUUUGGUAUGUCUUAUUUAUCUUUUCUAAAUGUAUCCAGCGAUGUUUGCACUGAUAUCGUUUGACUGGAUUACUUCAUAAAUUAUGAGACACUGCUCUAUUUACGUCGUCGUAUGGUGCUUAUUUGUCACGUCAAGCACUUUUUCACAUUCACAUUUUCUUUGGGGUGGCACUUUAUUGCAUCGUUAGUAGCACCGUUUUCUUGUUUGGUGUGUUUAUUUAAUUCUACUCUGCCUUAAGUUGUAUAAUUCUUUCGUCGUGAAUUAAGACUAUCGAGUUUUAUAUCAUAAUUGUCCUCAAUUCUAGAGAGAUUCUUUCUAAAAUACUUUGCUGCGGAUAAAUUUCUUGGCAAGAACUUCUUUCAACACUUAUUUUAUAGAGGCAACUAUCUUAUUCAUAACAGACAUCAAUUAUAAACAUAUGUAUAUAUUAUUUAAAAUAUAGGUUCCAUAUACAUUUAAUACAUAAUAUAUACUUACGUGUACGUAGUUUAUUAUCGUUACAAGGCUCUAACAAACCGUAUGAUAUAAUUGAAAAGCUUUUAUAACAAAUAUUUGUUAACUAGUUAUUAAAUUAACGCACUACCGAACAAGAUGAUUGACUUAAACACAUAUAUUUCCAUGUCAUGAUAUUCUGAAAAUGUUCUAUGUUAAACUAACUAUAAAGUUCUUCUAUGCUAAAUGUGUAAGAAUAUUAUAAAAAGUUAUAAUAGUACUACAAAUGGUUUACUGAUAUUAAAAUUAUAUUAUAUUCAUGGAAAUAAAAAUAUAAUAUAUGUAUAUACAA